AUGUGCCACACCAGCUGCUCUUCAGGCUGCCAGCCAUCCUGCUGUGUGUCUAGUCCCUGCCAGCCAUCCUGCUGUGUGUCCAGCCCCUGCCAGCCAUCCUGCUGUGUGUCUAGUCCCUGCCAGCCAUCCUGCUGUGUGUCCAGCCCCUGCCAGUCAGCAUGCUGCAGGCCUGCUAUAUGCAUUCCUGUUAGAUACCAAGUGACCUGCUGUGUGCCUGUGAGCUGCAGGCCUACUGUGUGCACAGCCCCCUCCUGCCAGUCCUCUGUGUGUGUGCCUGUGAGCUGCCGACCAGUCUGUGUGACCUCCUCCUGUCAAUCAUCUGGAUGCUGCCAGCCCUCAUGCCCCACCCUGGUCUGCAGGCCUAUUACCUGUAGCAACCCCUCCUGCUGCUGA